CGUCACUGCUCGCUGGACCGACGUCACGGCGCGGUACUGGGCAUGCGCAGAGGGCGGGGAGAGCUUGACGAGUCUCAGGAAGGAUCUACGGCUUGGUGAUCAACAUGGCAGAAAUGUCUGCUGAAGACUUGCAACUCCGGGCCAACAACGUGACGGAUGAGUCACUGGAGAGCACCCGGAGGAUGCUACAGUUGGCAGAGGAGAGCAGGGAUGCUGGUGGUAAGACCCUGAUCAUGUUGGAUGAACAGGGAGAACAACUGAAGCGCAUUGACGAAGGGCUGGAUCAGAUCAACCAGGACAUGAAGGAAGCAGAGAAGAACCUGACUGACCUCAGCAAAUGCUGUGGCCUGUGCGUCUGUCCCUGCAGCAGGGUGAGGAAUUUCGAGAUGGGAGACAAGUACAAAAAAGCCUGGGCCAGCAAUUCCGACGGAAACACGGGCAAGGUCGUCUCCAAUCAGCCCAGCAAGUCACAGAACAGCCAUGAGAUGGCCAGGCAGGGCGGUGGAGGAGAAGCUUACAUCAACAGGGUCACCAACGACGCACGAGAAGACGAGAUGGAGGAAAACCUCGAACAAGUGGGCAGCAUCAUCGGAAACCUGAAGAACAUGGCCAUCGACAUGGGCAACGAGAUCGAUUCGCACAACAAGAAGAUUGAUGACAUUGCCGAGAAGGCGGAAACUAACAAAGCUCGGAUUGAUGAUGCCAACGUGAGAGCAAACAAACUCAUGAACAAGUAACGUGGAGCCAAGACUUGCCUCUGAAUUACAGCUUCAACUUCAAGUCUGAUUUCUGCGCCAAUCACCGUGCUGCCUUCCUGUGUCUCUGUUUCUCCCACCAACCUCUCUCCCUGAAUUAGUGUAAGAUGUGCUGAGUGGUCUUGGGUUUUUAUGACCUGUGCAUGUGUCGCCAGUUGGACUUGAGCCACCCUUGGAGACCUGUCUAGAUAAGUGACUGAUUUGUGCAAUGCUAGUGUGGCUUCUUGCAGCUAUUUGUUCCUGUCCAGAACCAGCAAGCACCGAUGUGCUGUUGGAGAACUGGCUGGAAAGGGAACUUUGGGCAGGAUACUGAUUCAGACCUCCAAUACAUGUGACAUAUUGUUUCUGACUACUUUCUCUUUCUCUGCCCUGGGUGUAUUUACUCUUGUUACUUAUGUUCUCAAUCCCCAUGUUCAGUGGUCAUUUUAUAUUCCCUACCGCCACUCCCAGUGUGUAGACCACUGAACUCCAAGCUGAGGAAAUCAUUGCCUACCACCAAUUCUCCCUUCAUAAUUCAUGUCCUUGUUCCUGUGACACCAAACCCUUGGUUGUCUUUUAAUAUAAUGAGGGACUGUUCUCCACAGUACAAAACCCCGUCUGCCCUUCACAAGUAAAGGAUAGUCCAAGCCCUGACCCUUUGCCCGUGUAGUGGCCUGGAUUUAUGGUGGCUGUUUUUACCUCUCCCUUUCUGUGCCCAUUGAGUCUUCUGAUCACUGGCUUUAGAGUUAAUGCUCUGUCAUCUUAGAUGGGGCAAGGGCCAAACAUGCUCUGUUGGUUGGGUGAAGCUGGCUUUCCCCUUGGGCAAAAUUCUCGGCACAAGGCUUGUCUUUAUCAGGGACCUUUUGUGUGAAUCUUCCUCUGGUUUGAUUAGACAUACAUGAAGUGUGUACAGAAAGUAAAAUAUAUAUUGUACAUUUAAUCAUUUGUUUCCAACUGAGUACAUUGGGAAAUAAUGUUUAAUGCGAAAUGUGAUCACAACUUUAAAGCUUUCAUCUUUAACAGCCUCAUUUCUUUUUUUUUUAAUUAAGAUGUCUAUUCUCGAAAUGUAGUCAUGGUAAUUGAAAUAUAGUUAAGGAUUGUCGCGUCCCAAUCCCAAAGUGGGGGAUUGGGCUCGGAUUGGUUCAGGAGAAACUUUUACCUUAUUUCCCUUAUUACAUCAAAUCACAUCAAAAUAGAUGAACAGAACAUUUUAUAUGCAAAAUAUGUUAUACAAACUGCUCUUCUAAAUAACACAAGCAGUGGCCUUUCCCAUCAGCAAAAGUUAAGACCAGUGAAUAUGGUUGCAAUUAGAGCUUAAAACAGCUGUGACAGCACAGAAACUGCUACAACCAGAUUUCUGCCGAGGUUAAACUCCAACAGUUACAGAGUAAGGACUAUUGUACGAUUCCACCCCGCAAUGUAGUGUGCAAAAAUGUUGAAGAGAUCAAUUGUGCAACAGCAGUAGCUUAUUUGGAGUGAGUAGAGCUCAGGCCCUCAUUGAACAGCAGCUUAAACUAGAGCAUUUAGUACUGCAUAAGACUAUCAGCUUCAAACAGGCAAGGAAAUGUUCAUUUCUCCUCCAGUCCAUCAGGGGUACGUCCACUUAUGGACUAACAAGUACUACCGCUGUAUAGCCAGCCAUUCCUAGGCUAGUCUGCCUGCUGACCCACGGACGAAGCAUUCUUUCACCAGCAUGUUCAUUAUGCAAAUUUCUUCUUUGUUGCUGUAAAACGUUCCAUGUACUGAAAGGAGAAAAGAACAAUCAUGGGUCAGAUGGCAGCAGUACCACAACUACCUCAUCAGGACAGUGCAGCACUCCCCAGCUCCCGACCUGAUGCAACACCACCAUGCUCGUUCAGUGCCUGCUCACGGGGGUGGGAUACUGGAGGGAAAAUGGAAUGUUAGGAGGUAGAAAGUAAAAGCAAGUUGUGGAAUUGGUGAGAAAUUGAAGUGUACAAGAAAGGGAUUAUAAUGGGAAGGUACACAAAAAUGCUGGAGAAAUUCAGCGGGUGCAGCAGCAUCUAUGGAGCGAAGGAAAUAGGCGACGUUUCGGGCCGAAACCCUUCUUCAGAUUAUAAUGGGAAUAUGUGUGAGUGAAAAAGUGGGAUAAACAUGCUUGGGAUUAAAAUGCAUUUAGGGAGUAUUUAGAAGAAUGGAUGUGGAAGUACACGGAGAGGUUAGGAUAAUGCAAUUCUUAGUAUAGAACAAAUCAAUCGAGCAAACAAUAUUCCGACUGAUGUUUUCAAGUUCUCCAAAUGCAGAGAGUGACUGGUGAAUUCAUGGUCUCAUCUCUCUGUCUCCACUUCUUGCAACCACCGGGAACACCGGCCUCAAGCAGCAGCUCCCCCUGCUUCACAUGGCCAUUACAACUUUGUCCACGUCACCCUGACCAACCUUGUCGUAACCCUCCAACUCUUGCAGUUUCCUGAUUUCAAAAAGAUUUCCCUCAACAGCCAGCAGGGAGAUCUGGGAAUCGGCCAGGAUGCUGUUGGGGAUCAUGGAGAUUUCCAAACAGUUCUCCUCCAACCGCAGCACCUUCAGUCGCGGACAGCGGGAGAUGUGUGGCGAGAUCUGAGAAACCUGCAAGUAUAAACCGGUUACUAAAACACAAAGCAAUCAUCAAACCAGCAGUUUGCCCUUUGGAAUUGACACAGGAUUAUUGACCCAAAACAGUAACUACUUCCAUAGAUGUUGCCUGACCCGAGUAUCCUGUAUUUGUAACAGUUUACAGCAUCUGUAACAUUUUGCUUUGGUGACUUCAUCUAUUAAUAAAAUUAGUUUAAUUUUG